AUUAAGCCAUUAGAUUAGGCCUACGAUUACGAAUGAAAGUACUUAAUAAUAUAAUAAUUAAUUAAUUAAUAAUAAUAGUAAAGUUAUAGAGGUUGAGGUUAAUCAAGUUAGUUUAUUCUAUUCCGUUUUCUGUUUCACAGGACAUUCGACACUCAGGUUAACUUAAAUGAUUGAGUUUCAUGGUAUGAAUGAUAAAUGAUGGUUUCGUGGUUAGUUUUUGUGGUAACGCGUUUUAUAGGCUAAGGCUAGAGUUUAAAUAUGUACCACUAACAGUAAGGGUAUACCUCGACAUAAUUUAUAGGUGCACAUAACUUGAUUAAACUAGGGCUAGUCCUAUUUAAGACUAAAUAAUGAAAUUCGAUUUUUGACCUUUGGCUAGGUAGAAGAACUUGUUAACUUACUAGGCGCCUUUAAACGUGAAAAUCAGCUUAUUCAUAGCCUAAUGCAAAAAUGUCACAAGAUAUAAUAAGCAUAGGCAUACCUUUUGGCUUAGAAAUAGAAAAGUUGUACCAAGACUUGAUAUUUAGUCAUUUGCAACGGAAGCCACGUGACUCUACCAAAAGGAGCCAACUUGAAGAUCUUCAAGAGACAAAGGAGAAAUUAAAGAAGGAGUUGGAAGAAGCAAGAACGGCACUAUCCGGGUGUUGUGGAAAUAUUGACACAUUAACAGAAGAGUAUGACAGGCUAAAAAAAGAGGCGGAAGCAUUAAAAAACCUCGAUAACAUCAACUCUCGGAAAAAAGCUGAUUUGGAGAAUGAAUUAACUCUACUGUUGAAUAUUAAAUGCAACUCCCAUGAUGAAGACCUGGUGAAAAAAACCAAGCUGGAAUACAAGUAUGUACGCAAUAUUUCACAAGUCCGAUUUACAUAUGACAAUUCUGAUGAAGACGUACUGUCAGGUUAUGUGUUCAACAAAUCUACAAAGAAUAUCUCAAAUUUCUCUCUCAACCUAACCAAGAUGAACCAGGACGAUGUUUAUGAACACCUGAUGCUGUUGAUGAAGAAAACCUCACAUCCACUUUACUCAGGAGAAUAGUUACUCAAGGAUAAUGUUUUAUGUAUCAGAAUCUCUUUGUGAUAUUUCACUCAUCCCCUAGUGUUGUAGAAAAUGAAUUUUUACAAUAAAUGUUUUGGAAAAAA